AUGGCUGUGGCGACAGCUUUUGGCUGGUAUGCCUACAAGGAUGACCUGAAUGUGGCCUUUCUGUGCUACUGGGGCCUGAUGAGUGGUAUCAAUGGCAUUUUCGACUUUGUGAAAUUCAUCGAUGUUUCGGCCCGCACCCGAGCACCAGUGAACACGUUGCUGUUUAAGCUUGGAGAGUUGAUGCAAUUCAAGGUGAGCUCCAGGGUGGCUAGCAGCUGGCAGCUUCGCCGCAGCGCAGCUGAGAAAUCAGUGCCAGAGGGGUUCAUGAACGACCUGGAGCACGUGGAGAAGGACUUGGAGCAAGACCUCAAACUCGGAGAGUACAAGGAGGAAGUUCAGCAGAGAGGAUAUCCGAAGUAUGAGAAGCUGGUCGGCGAGUACGAGCGGCUGGCAGGAAGCUCCUUGGAUGAGAACUUGAAGAUAGCAACGGUCAUGCGCUGUUGCCCAGGGCAGCUGGGACAGCAUUUGCAGCUGAAUGUGAAGCCUGGCACUCGGUAUGCACAGGUGAGAGAGUCGAUGGUGGCCUACGAGCAAUCUACGGCUGCCUGGUCAAGCACCAAGAUCUUCGAGCGCAACCAGAUUGUACCAAUGGAGGUGGAUCGCAUUGAGGGCGACCGCAAAGGAAAGGGCAAGGACAAGGGCGAAGGCGAGAUUGACAUUGAGGAAAGCUUCACUGAAGGCUUCGAGAUGGUGGUCACUGAGGAGGACAUGGUUGAGCACUUUGACCUCACCAAGACUGACGUGGACGACUACUGGACCAUGGAGGAUGACUUCACCCACGAGAUCGACCUCAUCGACUGCAAAAUGGACUACAACGACCUCUUCGAGAACGUGGACCCUCAAGACCUCCAAGAUGUGAGUGCGGUGCCCAUGAACAUGGGCAGCUUGGGCAAGAGGACCCAAGCUUUGGCUUGGAGGGAAGAGAAGGUCAGCUAUGUCAUGGACGUGUCUGACAAGCUCAAGGCCAUGGCUGAUGAACCUGGCUGGCGUGAGUUGAGCGAUGGCACGCCUGUUUUGGUGGUCAAGAAUUCUUUCACUUUCCAGGACAUCUCAAGAUGGUAUGACCCUCAUGAGUUUCCUUGCAGGACAAGACUGGUGAAGCUGGAGAGUGGCGAGUAUGACUGUGUGGAGAGCGCGCAGUUCUGGGUGGACAGGAGGAUGUCAGAGCUGGAUGGCAUUUCGCCAUGCACUACACUGACUUUGGUGCAUCAGAAAGCACUUUUCUUCCACGAGAUUCACCUCCUGAACUUCUACAAGAUGAUCUUCAUGCACAACUUGGACGACCUCCUGAACCACGCUGAUGAACCUCAAGGAGGACCGCGUGAACCAGAGCAACUGGUCUACGACGAGGUUGGAGACGACUUCGUGACGGUGAAUGGCUUGAAGCUGACAACUGCAAGCUCAAGAAAAGUGAUGAAGGAUGCUUGCGAGUUCCUCGGAAUCCCUUUGAGUGGGAGCAAGGCUGUGGUCUUCAAAAGGCUACAGGUGGCAGUAAGAGAAACAGCAGCAAAAGCAGCGUUAGAUGCAGCUCGAAAUGAGAAGAGGGCUAUGGAGCGUCGACCUCAACGAGCUGGAGUACCCCUAGCCCCAACAGAGGAAGAGAAGCAACGGCAUAAUUUGCUCACACACCUCCCUUUUGCAGACUGGUGUGAACAUUGCCAAGCAACAAGGUCAAAAGACAAUGAACGUCAUGAACGACGAGAAGAAGUUUGUCCCACAGUGGCUUUGGACUACAUGACAACGAACACCACAAUUCGCAAAGAAAGCCCAGAAGUCAAGCGUUUGGUAGCUGUGGACAAUAGGUCAAAAGCCAUUUUGGCUGCGCCAAUUAAGGCAAAAGGUGGUGCAAGCGUGGAGCUGUGUGCCAAUUCAAUUUGUGGCUUUGUCACGGACUAUGAGAAGGUGAUCAUCAAGGGCGACCAAGAACCUUCACUGAAACAAAUGGCUGUUGCAAGGAAGCUGUUGAAGCUUCAGACAACACAAGAGUUGUCACCUCAAGGCAGAUCAGCAUCCAACCCUGCAGAGCGAGCAGUUCAGACGGUGAGAAGGUUGGGCAACACUUUGCUGGAGAGCAUCCGUGUUGGAUGUGGAUUUGAGAUUCCUGCUUCACACCCACUGUUUGUGUGGUGCUAUGCCCAUGCAUCCUGGCUGUACAACAGGUUCCAUGUGACACCUGGUGGCAAUACACCAUUUGAAGUUGUGACUUCCCGCACCUACUCGGGGAAGCUGGCACCUUUUGGAGCAUGCGUUUACGGACAAACCACUUCCAGUUCCGAAGAACACCCGACGGGGAGUUCCAACCUGGCGGAAGGGAACUAUGUGGGCAAGUUGAUGGACUCAGACCUCAACUUCCUCUUAUCGCCCGACGGAUUGUUUGUGACGAGAGCAGUCCGACGAUGCGCCGACGAAUGGCAACCAGAAUUCCUCAAGGCUUGUCAUGGGUUGCCAUGGGAUGAUGCAAGCUCAAGGAAAUUUGGUCCCACGACCAAAGUCGACAAGAAGAGAAGCCUGGAAAGCCAGACCUUUCCUGGACUACACGAUGAUGAGGCCAAGGCUGUGGAAGAGUACGCGCGACGUCGAGAGAAGAAGCUUUGGCGAAACCCUUCGGAGAGCUGGAGGGCAGCGAUGAGGAUGGUCUACGUCCUCAAGUUCCUCAACAACCUGUUGGACCUCAACACCCUCAAGGAGAACUUCGACCUCGUGGUGAACUUCCUGGAGAAGAACCUCCCACGAAGGCAAAGGUGGACUUUCAGUGGACGAGUACCCUUUGACUGGGGCGAGCUCAAUGAAGUGGACUUGGAGCAAGAGUCUGAAGAAGCAGGACCUCCAGAUGUCUCUGAAGAGAUGCUGGCGCAGUUGGAGUUGGAGGCAGAUGAACGAGAGAUCUCACGCCUCAUUCCAAAGAAUGGCAACUUUGAGGGCUACAGGUUCCUGACGACCAAGAAGGUCUAUGACUGGCGAUGGCGCCUGAAGGAAGAGCCUGGCAAGUCUGGCUGGAUGAGACGGUCAAGACUGGAGAACUUGGACUGUGGGCAGUCGACGGAUGUCAAGGACGCCUACCUUAUGGUUCCCCAGGAGGAGAAGGUCUAUGUGGAGCGCAGUGGAGAGUUCUUUGAACUUGGACGACGCCUUCCUGGACAACGAGUUGGUUCCAAGGCAUGGUAUGACCACUUAGGCAAAGUGGCGCGAGACGAAGGGCUACAACCAAAAUUUGCAAACUCCGCAGUUUUCUACAAGGUUGGCAGGACACCCUUGGCGAUGUCUUCACAUGUUGACGACCUACAGCUGGUUGGGAGUCAACAAGAUGUUGAGAAGCUCCUUGAUAGCUUCAGAAAGCAGGCAUGGACGCUGCAAGUGCAAGGACCCUGCUCACCCAAGGUUGCAGGGCAAUGUGCAUUUCUCAAGAGGCAAUUUGCUUCUGAUGGAUCUGGUUCCAUGACUGUGAGGAUGGACCAGAAGUACGUGAAGAAGUUGGUGGACUUGUUGGACCUGCGCGUGAACAAGGGCAAGUUGACGCCUACCACCGGAACCUUCCAGAAAGGACUACAAGGUCAACCUCUGUCAAAAGAGGAGUUGAGCCUCUACAGAACAUGCGUUGGCAUUUUGCUGUACAUGUCAACAGAAAGGCCAGACAUCCAAUGUGCAGUUCGACAAUUGGCUUCAAAGGUCACUGGACCUGACACCCUGGACCAGAAGGAGUUGAAGCAACUGGUGCUCUACUUGAAGCACACGGCAGACUACGUCCAGGAGAUGAAGCAGAGUUUUGCUAUGGCUUCAGCUAUGGGAGAAAGGAAUGACGACGUGAAGAUGGCUGCAACGCAACGUCCGAGCCGACUCGAAGUGUUCACGGACAAUGGAAUCUACAUCAAGCGGAUGUUGGAGGCCGUGCUGAAUAUGAAGGUGGUCUUGGAGCUGAGGAUUGACAGUUGCGACUUAGCGCUGAUGGUGCUUCAUUCAGCUUCGAUUGGAGCAUGGUCUCUCCUGACCGAGAUGGGCUACCAGAUCUUGCAGACUGGCAUGAUGAUGGUGGCAUUCAAUGCGUUGGUCUUCAUCCUGUUCUACCUAAGGGACUACUUGAACCUGUUCAAGGUGGAGGAGAAUUUCAACGAGAAACUUCACCACCUCAAGACCCUCAUCGAGAUGGUGAACAAAGAAAGGUCAAGCACUCAAGGUUCAACCUCUUCGGAGAACCAGCCGGACAUGAUCCGGAAGCUUGCGGAAGUGAUCGAGAUGGAGAACUAUGGGAUGAACCUGAUGGUGGAGAUGUCAACCACCUACUACUUGAAGGAGAAGAAGAAGAAGGUGAAGAACAAGAACAAGAAGACGUACCACAACUCGAGAACCUCACGGAGACAGCCUACACGUUACACCUCUGGUGGAGAACCCACUGAAGAUGAGUUCACAGAGGACGCCAUGGACGUGGACGAUGAUGAUGUCAUCGCAACAGCGACGGACGCAGUUCGAGAACUUCGGCGGCGUGCUGGCUUGAGAGAAGAGCUGGGUGAAAUCCAGAUGCACCGACUCCUCGACCUCACGAUCGACACACCUCAAGAGGGUGAGGAGUACUUCAUCGAGAAUCCCAACUGGAUGAGAGAGGGUGGCAAAAUGGUUGAUCAGAAGGCUUUGCUAUGA